CCAUCACUUGUUUCUUUCUGGUCCUGAACGAUUAUGCUUUGAACACUGUGAAUGAGGACGGUCUGUCCUGUCGAUCAUCCACACCCACCUCCCGAGCUCUCUCAAGACUAGUCAACAUGGCUGCUGCUACAGCCCAUCCCUUCGAGCGACAGGCCGCCAAUAUCCAGAUAUCGAAAUCGUAUGUCCCCUCUAUCGAUCAUACCGUCGCUCCAUAGGAUGUAUUUUUGACAAAAUGGGAAUCUCUCUGAAACCACCUGAAGAGACUGCAAAUAUUUUGCUUUCUGAAAAAUUGCCGAGUUAUGAGAUAUUACACUCAUGUGCGCUGGAAUGAUAUCGGCUGACCAAAGUCUUUUUGCAGUGAUGUCAACAACUUAAUUAUGGACUACCUGAUCACUGAAGGCUACCCGUCAGCAGCGGAAAAGUUUGCAGCGGAAGCCAACAUCCAGCCCAAAACCGAUUUCAGUUGUAUUCAAGAGAGGGUUCAGAUUCGGGACUCGAUACACCGCGGAGAUCUGCAGGCAGCUAUCGAGCUCAUAAACGAGCUCAACCCAGAACUCUUGGAUAACGAUAAAAGGCUUCACUUUUCCCUUCUCCGACUUCAACUAGUCGAAUUAAUCCGUCAAAGUUUCACGUCCUCAGAUCCCAGCUUGGUGGGCAAAGCUAUAGAAUUUGCGCAAAACAACCUUGCACCCUACGCUCCCUUGGACGCACAAUUUAAAACGGACCUCGAAAGGGCUAUGGCCCUUCUGAUCGUUCCCAAGGAAUCAUGGACUCAGGCAGCUGCAUCGGGAUCCUCUGGCCCAGCGACUUCACAAAGUCAAAACGACUUCGGCGCCCUGGCAGAGCUGGUAGAUCCUUCAUUGAGACGGAAGGUAGCAAAGGACGUUAAUGAAGCAAUCCUGCAGUCGCAAGAUCAAAGAAGAGAAGCAAAUAUCAGAUAUCUCGUAAGAGCUCGCGCAUGGGCGGAACAGCUGGCCCGCGAGAAGAAAAUCAACCUGCCAGAAAACCUUACACUGGGUCUCGAUGAUGAAGGGCCUUCCGGCCGUAGCCAGAAUGGCCACAACGGGGACACUGAAAUGACAGAAAACGGAUCGGAAGACAACCCUGCAGGUGGCGAUGCUGAUCUGGCCCGAUACACGAACAUACCCUCUUGAACAUCACACCCGACAGUAUAGCGAGAUCUAUACAGAUGGCUCCAACCGUUUCAAGAAGAGAUCUGUCUCAGCUACACGGCAUGAGAAAUGAUGACAUCGAGAGCUUCGUUCAACGCAAACCAUGAAGGUCGUGCCCUCGAGCCAGGAAUCCAAAGCGCCGCCGGCUCAAUGACCGAUAUUGUCGGCUCCGCUACCAAUUCCAGGUCCGACUGCUAGCGGUAAAGACGGGCGGUUUCCAGUUGAGUCUGCUGGGAUCGAUCCUCCUGCUCCCUUUCACUUUCUCUUUCUCCCGCCGCUUUUCCUGCCACUCGAGCAGCUCAUCUCGCACAACAAUGAUCCACGCACCCUUGUGGUAUCGUAGUAGCUUCAGCACUUCGAGUUGCUCAUGGACGUCCUUCUCAGUCAUGGCUGUUUGACUCGCUAUCUCGGCAAUACUCGUGGAAUAUUGCGACGAGGGACCCGAGAAGCCUAGCGAUGAAUGUGGAUGCAGUUGUUCCGAGGUUGGCGUGUGGGAGGCUGACCCCGGAGGAGGCAGCCGCGCAGGAUCAGAAAGAAGCUCAAUCAGCACUUCUUUCCAAUACUGCCUGUAGCCCAGCAGCCCAAGAUCCGAAAGAGGCUUCUCAGGAGACCCCAGCUUUCCCUCGCGUUUGCUCAGCUCAUAUGAGAAAGCAAUAAGCAACCUCCCCAACCCUUGUCGCUGAUAUUGCGGCAAGGUGAGAAUGCAAGCGACGUUAUACCCUUCCGCCGACUCUUUUUCCUUGCUGAAAUAUCCGACAAGAUGACAUCCAUACUCGUCCCGAGUGACCAUGCAGUAAAACAAGAAGGGGUCGACAUCAUAGUACAAUGUCUUAUGAUCGAGGAAAAGUUUUGACAGAAGACAAAGAUUUCUGCACCACGUGCGCUGCCGCCGGCCAUCGACCUCGAAGAAACUCACAAAAUCGUCGCGGUAGAUCUCGUUUCCCGGCGGAUGGCGUAAUUCGCAUUUCGUGCGGUGUCUCUCGAAUGCCUUCUUGGAGGAAAAGUAGGACAGACAAAACUCAUCGAUAUAGACCAUGUCGACGUCGCCGAACUCCUGAGGAUAGGGAGAGAAGUACCACGGCUCGACGAUGUGUUUGCCCAUUUGAAUCUUGUUCAAGUUGCGCACGAGAUGCAAUUGCGCAUGAUUCUGGACCAUGGAGCCACCCGUGCGAAGCUUCUCGAUCUCCUCCUCUGGCUCCAUGAUGGGAGCAACCUUCUCCUCUGUCUUGGUCACGUCGGGCAUUUCCACAUCGACGCCGCCUGCUGUACUGUCUUCAUUCCCGAUCGUCGGUAAGGGCGUACCUUCCUUGGUGAUGACGAGGGAGGCGUCUCCGUCGGGCGCAAGUCCUUCAUCGCGGUUCUCCUUUCCACCUGCUUUGGAGGGCACGGGACGUUUUCGGUCAUUGCCUGCCUUGGAGCUGAGGAGGUCAGGUGUCGCAGAACUGGCGCGAGAAUCUGUCCUUUGGCGACCAGCUUUCGUGGUGAUGGAUUUGGAUAUGGCGGCUUUGGACGGUGGCCCUUUUGUGGUCACGGUGGUCUUCUUCUUUUCGGGCUUCUCAGGAACAGGCCACUCAACCUCCUGGGAGAGGUCGAUGCGCUCGGCCGUGACCCAUUCUGUGAUCUGUUAGAAGGUUUCUUUUGGGAAGUUGUGCCCUCGGCGAUGCCUACCAUCCAGACGCUUGUUGAACUCGACAUAGUGUACGCUGUCGUUAGGUUAGUAUUGGGCCCUAAUGUUUGUUUCAGACUCGGGUCAAACAUACUAGAAAGUCAGAGCACCAUUUCUCUGUUUGAUAGACAAGAUCUCUGCCUUUCUAGGUUCUCCAUUCUGCCCACAGUCAGUGACAUGUUCGGUCUCCCCAAGAUACCAAAGUCACGUGGACAUCCAGCGAAAGUCGACGAAAAAAC